AUGCCUCUGAAUCUGCAAAAUAUGGUUCUAAAGUUAAGAAUCGCCGUCGUUUGUUCCAGCAAUCAAAACCGAAGUAUGGAAGCACAUAAUUUCCUAAGGUAAAGGGUUAGCCGUUCGAAACGCGCCGGGGAAUAUGCCUUUUAUGUUGCAGUGUAAUAGCCGCCAACUAUUUUGGCAGGUGAAGUUGUGUCAAGGGUAAAGAUGGGAAUGUUUUUCGUUUCUUUUGUUUAAUUUCAGCAAGCGAGGAUUCAACGUCAAAUCCUUUGGAUCUGGAGUACAAGUGAAGUUGCCUGGCCCAGCCCCGGACAAACCUAACAUAUAUUCGUUUGAAACUACCUACGAUGAAAUGUACCGAGAUUUACUGAAAAAAGACCCUCAACUGUAUCCAGUCGAUUUUCGAAGUUGAAAAAAGCGUUGCUAUUCGAGGAUAGCACGCAAUCAAAGGGCGGUAAUCCGGUAAAAAUUGUUCAGAUUCUGUUUGCAUUCCAGCACGUACGACACGCAAAAACAGUCUCCCCUCCACUACAGGUUUUAUAUCUUGUGUGUUUUUACUUAGAAAAUAGGGAGUUACGGGAGUUUUUUUCUUGGGGGUUUUUCUAGAUCACCAGGCUUUGUUUGUCGGUGGAUGGUCUACUUUAUCAAGUGGAUAAUUUCUUAACCAGCAGUUAAAAUACACAUAAUAAGAUACAUUUUAACUGCUUGUUAUGGAUUUCCACAGGACUUUAAGGUUUUCCCUUCACUGAUUUUGAACAAACAUAGUUGGUCGAUCAUUACAUUGGGUAACAGGAGUGGUCAGGCCUUUUAUUUGUCCAGGGAGUCUGAAUGUUCUUUCUUUGCAGCAUACUAGGAAGAUUUUUCAAGAAGAGAAGGUUCCACGUAAGAGUGUAAAGCCUGUGCAAUCACUACAAAAGCAAAGUGAACUUUCAUUGAGUUCUCAAGCACUAGGUUUAGUAAUAAAAUAUUAAGGUAGUCGAAGGGCACAGUGCUUUACAUUAUUGUGGUGAACUCAGACAAAGUAAGACGACGGAGCCAGAAUGGAUCCGAUUGGCAAAGGUAAAGCUUUUUCAUCAGACACGUUUGGUGUAAGAUGUUGAAAUAAGCAGUAAGUGUUUGAUGUUAAUAAAUUUUGUUAUGAAUCACUGUGUUUCAGUGAAGUAACCUUCUCAAAAUCAUCUUAUUCACCUGUCCACUGAACACUUCAAAACCCCUUACCCUGAAUGAUUGUCUUUUGUGCCCUGGAAUGGCCCUGGCAAAAGAGUCCGUGAGACACUGUUAGUGGAUUUUACCCAGUCCUUCCAAAUUCUACUGAAUGCUGAAAAAUUAUGCACUGAGAAUUGAAAUCCAGUCUGUUAAGAAUCAGUGCACCAGUCAACAUCAACCGAACUGCUGAUAAUCCCACUCAGUCAAACACCACCAUUGUCCAAAAGGCCAGUAGUAAGCAGUCGAAGCGUUUUAUUUCAAAGCAACUAUCUUGGCUCGAUGAAACAAGACUCUGUGUUAUGGCAUCUUUUUGCAAGGUGGUUGCUUAACCGGGAUGACUGAGGUCACAAAUUACGCCUAAGAGGUUCUCCCGCCGUCACUCCCCUGCGCUUUAACAAAAUAAAAAAUCAUAUAUUCUGAAGCCAAGUUGUCAACUUAGGAGGUUUAUUGAUUGCCUCCAUUUUUGAGGUGAAGUUUCCAAAAAAGAAUGCCAGUUUUGCCCUUAAAGAACAGAGUGUAUCCUGCAUGUGCAGUCAGCCUUAAAAUGGAAUCACAUUUAAAGAGACACUUGAAAAACAGACCAGAGCUUACAAAGCAGUUAAGUGUGCAGAAUUUUCAACAGGAGGAUUGGGAAUUACAUUUGUCAACUUUUCGGUUUUGAGUGACCCACGAGUACAAAACUCUUGAGGUCUAAGAAGCAGUUGCUGCACACAAGCUACACAGAUGUGAACCAGUUUUCCAAUUUGGCAGCCCAGAAGUGGUGAAAGGCUAACAAGCAUUGAGUUCUGUACUUUGAUUGUUGAUGAAAAACAUGCUUUCAACUCUUGCUCAUUGCAAGAAGUGGAGACCUGAUCACCAAUACUUCUCUUAUAGUGGGACCUUUCUGAUAACACAUCAGCUCACUGGGGAAUAUCUGCUGGUGCUUUUUAUGAGAUUUUUUUAAAUCCUGUAAUCCAGUGACUUAAAUGUUUGAAGCUCAUCUCUGCGGAGCUAUCCUGUUCUCUUUUGUUUGUUGGGUUUUUUUUCUAAUUGUUGCCAAAAAAUGAUCUAUGUAUAAAGCUCUGUAAAUGCCACAAUAAAAUAUUCAUCAAGUUGUCGUGAAGAAUUCAACAUUAACCAACGAGUUGCAUCACAAAUAUGUUGCACUAAAUGAAGUAAUUUUUCAAAGUGACCCUCCUCAAAAUCACAAUGAUUGUGGCUUGUUUUUUAAUUUUCGAUGCACGUACACAGUUAAAUAAAAAAAAGCAAGAUUAUCUUGUAAUUAAUCACAAUUUGAUAUGCAACUGCUUCUGUCCAGCAGUUCACAAAGAUCUUUCAGGCAUUUUUUAAAGGCAAUGAAUUAAUGUCAUUGUACUUACGUCUAUUCAGAAAACAAAAAACUAGAGUGGGAAUCCUGUGUUGACCCCUGCUAGAGGAAGUUUAUUUUGCACAUAUACAUGUCUCCUCUCUUGGUGAGACUUGUUGAAAACCAGUAAACACAUCAUUCGAGUUGAAAUAUUUAUGGUUGCAAUGUGUGGUAGUUGGAAAUUAGCAUAAUGAUGACAGAGACAAAAUCAAACUGCCUCCUACAAUGUUGGUUUCAUUUCUGGUCCUAGGCAUUCUACUGGUUCUCUGACAUCCUGGUUUUCACGUUUCUGGAAUUAAAUUACUACCUUGGAAAAAACUGUUGUCAACCUUAAAAUGUUUUCUUGUCACAUGUUAAAUCCACCACGUAAUUGAUGACUGUUUAACUUGAGUAGGAGAGCAAAAGGUAUUUUAUAUUUUCAAAUUUGGCUGUUUUUGGGUUUGGUCCUGGCAAGCUUUGUCUAUUUAUUUUUCUAGAUAUCACACUUCCUUUUUUUAAUGUUUUGUUUUGGACCAACAUCAGUGCAGUUAUUCAGACAUGGCAUUCAGAUUCUGCCGUUCUCUAGUUCAACUCCAGAGACAAAAUUCCAAGAAAGAAUUUGUGUGGUUUGCAGUUUUGGCCAAUAUUUAUAAACAUUUGCAGUUUUGGGCAAUUUUUUUUGUGGAUGAGCAGUUUCUGAAAAAAUUUACUCUGAAAGGCUUCAAAAAAAUUUAUUCUGAAAGGCUUCAAUGCCCCCUUCUUUAGGAUCCAUGGACAGAUUUCAUUCUUCUUUUUCAAUUGAAGCAAAUAAUAGUAUUGUAUUAGGCAUGUUUAUUUGAGAAAUAAAGUGAAGGUUUCUAAAUGUGAUCAGUAGGAAAUGGUUCCUCAGUUAAUGUUGCAAUCCUAAGCUCCAAGUCUGUCUUACUUGAGGCCUCAAUGAAUUCUUUGCAAGUGCAAGUUAUAGUACCUGCUGUUAUGUCAAAAUUUAUUCAAUUCGAAUUCUGUUUUCUUUGUUUUUACUGGAACUUUUAAAUGAUAUAAUUGACUUUGGCUCUUGGGCUUGAUUAUCUGUAACAACUGUGUGAAGUGGCAGGCUUAUUCAUGCAUGUGCCUGUGAAAUAUUAGAUUGUUGAGUCAGUUUGUUCUACAAAGUAAUGACAGCCAUAGCCUUGAGUCCCAAAACUUAUUGGCGGGUUUGUGGCAUUAUGUUAUACUCAGUCUCAGCCGAGUGAUAGGCGUCUUGAUGCACCCACAGUUAUUAACAGUGCCUAAGACUCGGCUUGCCAGUUGGGCCUUUAACCACUCAAAAUUUGCAGGGCAUGAAUUGGUAGAAUUUAAGCAACACUGUUCAUACUUUGUUCUUUUUGUCAUGGUAGUACUGUAUUUGAAAUUGGCUAUUUGCAAUUAACAGUAAAUUAUAUUUGGAAAAUAUCAAAUGCAUCUUGUCAUUUUUUGUUUAUUUAUGACAUCACAGACAAGCAGCACAACCCAUACCGCCAGCCAUGGGGUGGGGUGAGUCACUGAUGUGGUGACCUUCGCAGGGUGGAGGGCCUCCUAGUGUCAAAAUUAUUUUUGGUCAGUGUAUCAGCAACCACAGCUGGAGAUCAGUCAUCUGUGUUUUAAGUCAUGUCAUCAAAAUGGCAUUUUUCCUUCUAACAAUGCAUUUGAUUGCUGUACCUUGCUCAUCAGUUGCCACAUUUGUUACCAAAGCCAGCAUAGCUUGUGUGUGAAAAGCUCGAACCUGCUAUAGUCUUCCCGUCUUUUAAUGUGUUAAAUAAAUAUUAUUUUACUUGCCACACAGUUCAUGUAUCACUUCAUCAGUUCUGUGCACUUGUGUAUUUAAAUUCUGGAUAUUUCUUAAAAUAGUUAUGUAUUUUGUGUUGAGUGGUGGUGAUCAGCAAGUCAGAGUUAUUACUUUAUUAAGGUGCCAUAUACCCAUCACAAACCAUGUUCUAUCCAUUGAGCAGAACAGAUUAGCAGGGGAAUUGCAAGUUGUGCAAGUCUAAAUUGAACUCCUUGCCACUUGCUCAAGAAAUUCACCAGAGUCAAAAAUGCUGUAGAGCCUUCUGCGCCUGCAUUGGAUUGAUCAACCACAGACAGACGCACUGCACUGCUAUGACAAACAACAACAUCCAUUUAAAGAAAGCAAGUUAUGAAUGACUUAUUAUUGAUUACUAUUACCCAGAAAGUUUUGGAUUGUAGACAAACAUGAAGAAUUUGCAUUUUUACCACAUGAUGCAUUUUGUCUGUAUCACCAAAGCUUUUGCCGUAUAAUGACAGUGGUGUGCCAUUUUCCUAAUGUCAACCAUAGGUUCACAUGGCUAUAUGGGAAAAAAAGUGACCUUAGCAAGUGUCAACUAUUAAAGGACCUACAGUUGUUUCAAAGUUUAAUGAAAUCGCAGUGAAAGCUAGUGCAAAGCUCCUCCCAUUUAUUUGUCCAAAGAAAAACAACAAGGCGGUGGUUUGUGGAGAGGAGCAUUGUGUGACAACACAAAAAACAGUUGUGGAACAAACUAGUGGUGAAGAUGUCUUGAUCCUCCAUGGGGUACCAGUAGCUUCACUGGCAAUCUGACUUCUUUCAGGAUAAUUCUGAGAAAACAACUGUACACAGAGCUCUAGACUGACAAGAGCAAAGAAUUUCCAAUUCCAAGGGAAAGAAUGAUAUCAACUUAGUGAAGGAAUUGCCUUGCGUCAAACAAAAGAAGAAAGAGCUGUUAAGUGGUCAUGGAGGAAGUACUUCUGAGAGCAAUUAAAUCAGCCCUUUAGAUCAUUAACUUACAAGUGUUGUUUCGGAGUCCAGACAGACCAGGAAGUUAAAAGAGAUCUUAAUGAGGAGAUGACAGAAUAAUGCAUCCUGAUGAAUUGAGGUACCCUCCAAAGGUAGAAGUACAGUCAAGUGAUGCACACUUCAAUAAUUUUGCUUCUGGAUGAAAUGUUUGGCCGAGGAUCUAAUGCAGUAAAGUUCUGUUGCGACAGAUUAUGUGGUGAUGAAAUCCCAGACUGCCUUCUUUACAUCCUUGAUUAACACAGCCAGUUCCCGAAGAGUGUGCAGCCGGUGAAAGAAAAAAUGGUUCACCUUGUAACUCCUCCCCCCCAAAGCCAGAAGUGACAGAACAUUUAACACCAGGCAGUGCAAAAAUCUUUUCCUUGUUGGAUAAAAUGCUAUUCCAAAGACUUAUUUUAUUUUUGUUGAGGGUGACUGGAUGUGUUGAAUGUUAAAGCAGGGUUAAUUUUGCAAGUGCAGACCAGAUGUUUUGUAACUCCAACGUUAGUCCUAAUCCUAACACUUCCGGUUCCAGCCUCAUGAUCAUCAGCACUGACAAAUUCAAACCCAGGGUUGUUUUUGAGAACUUUUUGGUGGGAUCAAUCCAAAGUGUUACCCAGGGCAUCUAGGUGAUAGAUCACAUAAUUAAGAUACUUUUCUUGUCCACUCUACAAUUAUACAUUUUGGCCCACAUAACAGGCAUUUUUGAUUUUUUGUCAAGUUUCCUGGAAGUGAGGAGGUCAAAUGAGAUAACGGUAGUGGAGGGGGCAAGAGAAAUAAUUUUUCCACUCACUCCCUCCCCACUUACUUUUUUGUUUGACUUCUGGUUAGCUUUCACGAGGCUUUGUCUUAUGCUUUGCAAACCGCAAACAAAAGACACACGCAAAAAACCACCUGCUAUGCAGGCUGAUCGGCACAGCUGUAUCUUAUAGCUCUCUGUUGGUGGUGACUUCAUGAACAAAUCUCCAUUUUGACCAUGAAAAUUCCAUACUGAUGACAUAAGUCAAUUAUAAAUAAAUGAUUAACCAGGAAUUCAUGGGGUUUCAGAUGUAAAUUUUUUUUUACUUUCGUUUUCUCCUUGCUGUGAAUAAAAAUUUUUUAAAAAAAUAAUUAAUUCUGCGGUAAAUUUGCUAUCAGCAAUACAAAAACAUCUUGUAAAAGCAAAAUGAUAUAUUUCCAGCUAAUGACUUCUUGAUAGUUUGCAGGAGAUUCAGUGCCUUGAACAUUUGAUCUUUGUUUUUGUCUUUUGUGUGUCAUUCAAAAACUUAGCUGAAAGAGAUAAAUUACCAUGUCAACCAAUCAAAGCUGACCUGAUGAUGAUUCUGUACAGAUUUAUGUCAUAAGUGUGAAAUUUUUGAGUUGAAAACAUAGGUGCCUCUUUCCCAUGGGUGAAGAGUCAUGAGGUGGAUGUAUUCGCCGUUAUCCUUUGGACGUAAGACAUAGCUGAGUACUUUUAGACCUACUUUGAGGUGUCUGCAUUAUCAGACAAGUCAAUGUGUGUAGGAGACUAGAACGUGUUGCAACACACAUUUAGAACUGAUUAGGAUACCUGAAAAUUAGGAGGACUCUUGCCUUAUCUUGAUCCCCCUUUGUAAACUUAAAGAGACCUGCCCUGCCAUUACAACUGACAGAGGUGAUCUGGGAAGGUUCCAUUAUCAUCUGUUAAAUGUGACAGGAGUUGACAAAACAUCACAGUGCCUAAUCGGAAUGCCAAGCUCAAUGGCAUUUGCAAUUUCUAAAUAACAUUAAAGUAAUCAAGACAUUCUGUUUAAACUGAGAAAUUUAAUUCUUUGGGUAUCAUUUCCACUAUAGUAAUUUAAGUCGCUAAUUGUGCGGAUGCAAAUCAAAGAUUUUCAUUUAUAUAUUUAUUUAUAUAUCAGGCCUGAUGUCAGCUAGGCUAAUUAGUAAAGGAAGCUGUGAGUGACAGAGUGAGCUAGCUUUCUUCAUUUGCUUUGCGGCUAACUGGGCUUGGUUUUCUGCUGCAGGGGGUGAUGGGGAUGACACCCACAUGAGUGGAAUGGGGAUGCAUGUGGGACUUGACACUAACAGGAGACUUCUAGGUGUGGCUCAGGCUUUGUUUGACCCCUGAUGGAGACCAUACACACCCAGACAAGAGUAUGACAGUGUUUGGUUUUCUUUUUUACACAGAUAUUUGUUGAUGCACAACACAAAAUGACUGACAUCUGUAUGGUUUAAAAGAAUUGUUUUCUGUCCUUUACAUGCAGACCCCUGAACAUGCAGGUCCUUAACAUCCAAACACUCAUGCCUUAUUAACUUAAUUGAAUGCAUGUCUCUCUUUUAAAUGCAGGACGUUUGACUGUACCUAGUAAAAAACCAAAGGGAACUAUUUUAACUAUGUAAGGGCUAACUAAUGUGCAAGAAUUUUGUACCUUCAGAGUUUCUGUGUAUAGCUCAGCAAAAUAGAGGUCUAUUUUUUCAAUUUCUCCAAAAUUUAAUUCAGCAUUAUUAUUAUUAUUAUUAUUAUUAUUAUUUAUCAUCAUUAAAACAUACUAUACAUUAUUUAGUGGGGGACAGUGCAAUGUAUGGGUCUUGGUCUUAGUGUAGCUUUAAGGAAAUGUGUGAGCAUGUGUGAAAGCUCAUAAAUUGUUUAGUAGACAAAGAAAUGGGUUUUUUCUUCAUACAGACAUGCCUAUCAGAUAAGACUGGCAGAAAAUACCAUUAUCAACAAAACCUGGAUUGGGUCAACCACUGUAACCCUUGCAUCCCUAAUCCAAUCUGGUCUGAUCUGGGUUUUGUUGACCCCUUACUCUAGAGUACUCUUUCCUGUUGAAGGAAUUUUUGAGUGGGAGAAAAUUUGUGCCCUUAGAUGCAUAUUCCCCAACAUAGGAUAAGAUGCCAGACUGUUCUAAAAUUGGACACCAAAAAUGUGAAACUUAAGCCAGUACCGAGUCAAAAUUUUUGUACUGCAAGGUGUGGUUGCAUGGAUUCCUGGUAUUGCUCCUUAUGGAGUUGCUAUGUGAGUUUGGUAAAAUAUAUAGCACAGUGCGCAUGGGAAAGAUGGAAAAACCACUUACGAAAGAUAAAAUUCAGCCUGAUUUGACUUCCAUGUGAACAGAGAAAAAUAUUGUACAGUUAGGAUGAAAAAAGUGUCUUGUCAAAUUUUUUAGCCAGUCAAAAACAUUUCCUGUAAUUGUAGCCUUAAAUUCCUCCUUGUUGAUCACAAGCUGUGCAGUGUGCACGAUCAGGGGUACUUUUGUACAAAAAUCAAAAUGUCGUCACUAUUGCGUGUGUCGUACGUGCUGUAAAAAAUUGUUUUAACUUUUCAUGACCAUAGUUCAAUCUUUUUUGCUACAUAAUUUUUAGGUAACAAAAAAUAUGUGCAAAAAAAUACCCUUAACUCUAAGCCUAUCAGAUACAAGCAAAAUGGAAUACUUCACAUGCUUGAUAGAAACAGAAGAAUAAAGCCACACCCAGAGAGAUUUCAGGAAACAGAGGAGGAGUUUGAUCUUGUGGUUACUGUUGAGGAACGGGUCUAUGACCAAGUUACAGAGCGUAAGUUACAAGAUUGCCUUCCUUUGUAUGUUAUUUAGAAACCUAAUAACGUAUUACCCAGGGGGGUACUCCAGGUUUCAAGUGACAGGGAUGAUUGAAAGGGGGCAAAAGUCAAAACCUCCCAAAAUCCCAAGGCCUAAUUUCCAGCAAAACCCAAAAAAACCUGAUGAUAUGUUGGUGACCUGUUGGCAUUAUGUAAUGACCAACUGUUGACCGAUAGACCGCAUUAGCUGACUACCAUGACCUGUCUGAGACUGGACUGAUACUCGAUUAACACUCAACCCCUACGGUGACCGAAUAUAUGUUGACCGACAGACAGUUACCUGAGAUAUUGGCCAAUACAUCGGUCAGCACCCCCUAUAAGACAUGUUUCUUCGUUUCUGCAGAAGUACCACCCCUGGGUUUCAUCCACUAAUCAUGCUCCUCUGAGACACCCGCUGCAUCUCAUUGUUUCCAUUCACAUUAUUUAUUAGAAAUGGGGACAGUAUUACUUUUUUAUUAUUUUGUUGGCAUCAAGGGCUAAUUAUUAUCAAGACAAAAUGUUAACCUAUUUUUCCACUAGUGUAGAAUAAGGUGUAUAGUAAACUGAACAUAUUAUAUAUGUUCAUAGAAGCUGAAACAAUAUUGACUCAAAAUUCCUCUGUAAUUAGGAUUUUAUAGUGCCACUGUGGAGGCAAAGGCAAGAUUUAUCAGGGUGUCCUAAUUUGCCAGAGAAGGGCCUUCACAGCCAUUUUUAGUGUUGUCACACAACAUUGCGUGAUGACUCUAAAGCGGCUGCAAGGGAGACUAGAUCUAUCCCUAACUUUCUGACCCCAGCUAUCCCUAACGUUCUCUCAUUUAGUGAAAUAUGUGUUUCUUGAUGCGUACAUUGGUACAGCAUCUUGCACCGGAUACAGUGGAACCCCGCCUUACGGUCACCUCCUUAUUACGGCCACUUUUUUUGGCUGCCUGGCAAAAUGGCCAUACAUUUCUUAUGCAAAAAAACCCCUCGUUAAUAAGGGUUACAGCCAAAUUUUUUUGGCCGAUUGGUGACCGUAUUAAUGGGGUUCCACUGUAUUAGUAAUAGUCUUUAACAGCAAGGAGUGUUUACCUUUUGCUACAGCCAGGUGGUUUUAUCUUCAUAAUUUGAUUCUUUUUUCUGUACAGUCGGUAGAGGGAACAGGCACCCUUAUAGCUAGCACCCCCUAGCUACCACCCAUUGUGGAAUGGUUCUUUCUGACUACCAGGAUUUCCCUACUUGUUUUCCAGUCAUAUUACCUAGUUAGUUUCUCUUUCAACUGACAUUUAGUUAUUCUUCCAGAUCUACAAUCAAGAGGUGCUCAAAGCUAUGCGCCAGUUCAUGUAGUAAACCUGGACAUUCAGGAUAACCAUGAGGAAGCCACAUUAGGAGCUUUCCUUAUAUGUGAAAUGUGCCAAGCUGUAAGUAUGAAUUCCUCAAAAUCAGUCCCUUUUAGUAAAUUUUACCAAUCGUCACUACUAAAGGCUCCUUCCAAAAUUCUGUAGAAGGAGGGAAAAAAUAAGUGUUAAGUAAUCAAUUAGGUUGAAACACACAGAGCAUUUUUUGCAAUGGCUGUGGCCCUGGGGGGGAGACUCCUCAUAUGAAAGGGGUGGGGAUGCUCAUUGGAAAUUUUGAAUUAAACCCCUAAAAGAGACCGAUCCGGGCGUAGCCCAAGCUUUUUUUGCCCCCUAAAAGGGACCAUGUUAAAACACAGACAAUACACAUAUUUUUAUAUUUUUUCACGUGCAACCCUACACCAGACCUUCACGGCUAAAUGUGAUGGCGUUUUGCCCAGAAUACCCUAAGUGAGACCAAAAUCCGAAAUUUACACCCCUAAGCGAGAAGACAAGCAUUCCCAACCCUUUCAUAUGCGGAGUCCCUCCCCCAGGGGCUGUGGUAGGGUAUAGUUGUGGGACUAGCAGGGUUGUGUGCAUGCUUCCCCUAGGGAAAGUUUUAAUUUGUGGGACCCUCUGAGGACAUGCCUAUGUCACUGCAUUCUAAGGAAACAGGUAAAGAAUUUUUAACUAUGAGCUAGGAUGGCAUGCAUUUGAUUUAUUUUUGCCAUAUUUUGUUUAUAUCAAACAAAAGUUUGAGGAACUAGCAAGAUAGGAUUUUAUACAUUAUUUGAUGUUAUAACAAAUUUUUUAAGGAAAUGUUAGGAGAUUUGUGGGGAGAAUUUGUAUGUUGAUAUUAGACCUCAAGAGUAAAGUAUUUUGUCUUCUAAAAUUCUUAGAUUGAGGGCCUGGAUGACUUAGAAGAUGAAAUUGAAGAGGUUAUUCCCAAAUUGGAAAAGAAGUGGUCAAGAACUCUUUUUCAUACAGUAGCUUUCUACUGAAUAAUUUAUAGUACUAAAUUGUAUAAAUAGAUAUAUAUAUUUUAUAAUUUGAACAGUAACUGUUAGUGUACAGUGAAAAGCUCUUGUGUCAUUUAGUAAUCUUGUGGUUCAAAAUGUCACAGUGUACAUUAGGCUUGUAAACCAAUCUGUCCACUUUAAUUUAAAGCAGUCAGCAUUGUAGUAGUUAAGUAAAGGUUAGAAUAUGAAUUGGUUCACCCUUAUCCCUUUCAACUAUAGGUCAACAUGCAUUUUCUCUACACUUCUCAUAUAUUCCUUACAGAAUCCAUAGGGAGAAGUUAUUAAAAAUCAGACAGUAGAUGCUGAACACAUUUAGUGCUUAGAGGAGGGGGAUAGUUUCUUAGUAACUUCAUCACUUAUUUAGUCAGAAAAUUGAAUAACUCAAACAUUAAAAAAAAGAGUACAGCAGGUUUUUGUUUACAAUUAUCUGGAUGGAAAAUUAGACCCAAAAAAUUGUGAAAUUAUCCAAGUAGCCAUCUCUUGAAUUAUUUUGCCACUUAAGUGUAAACUCCUUUCCAAAAAAAACUAGGGAAUCAAGAAAUUUUAAGGGUAAUGAUUUUUAAAAUCAUUUAAUUGUAUCACUUUUUGGCACCCUACAUUAACUUGUCUUAUCCCCAGAGACUGUCAGCUGAAACAGGCUGUGAUCCUUGGUGCAGCCCAGUGUGACCAAAACCAUUUCAGCCUCUGUGAAUGUGAUUGUGUAUUGUAUGAGCAAGUAUUUUAAACACCAUGAUAUUUCGUGCACAUGCUUAGUAGAUUUAAGUUCAAAAUACUGAUGGCUGCUGUGUGCACUGAGAAGGGUUGACAGAUUUAUUGGUAUUUGUUAAUUUAUAUAGGUAACAAGUUUAUAAGCAUAAUACAAUAAAUAUUAUAAAUUGAUUAUUUAUACCAUGUAAUGUAGGAACAGCUCAACUGUUCGUCAUGUAAAAUUUUUCGAUUGGCUGAUUCUUUUUUACAAAGUUAAAGUCAUUGGCUGGUUGUGCAAUUCUAUAAGUUAUUUAUUCUCCAUUUUAGCAAAAUUUUGGGCAAUUAGCACUGUUUUCAAGAAAAUGUGUUUUCGUGUGUUGUUCAUUAGUCAAAUUUUAGACAUGAAUUUUGUCACUCGACUUAUUCUUAGAUAAAGGGUGUUUCCCCUUGAUGACUGACAUGUAAUAUUGAAUUCUUUUUCCAAGAAGUAAUGUUUCAGGGGUUAGUUAUUUAGAGCGCCUCAACUCGUCACAAUUAAGAUCAAAAUAUCUUUCCAAGACUAAUACUCCGUGGUUUUCUCAGAAUUACAACUUUCAGGCCCAUUCUGAUUAAUAUUGUGCGUUUGGUAAUUGAGACAUGGAAACUGUGUUUUCGGAAACAUCAGGCAAUUAACUCUAUGUCCAUGUAAUUUCAAAUGAACACGGAUCGUGAUUUCUAGCUUCCUUUUUCGUUGGCCAUAUUUAAGGUUAUGUCAAAAUAAAACCACACGCGCACAUGACAUGAAAGAGAUAGACUCACAAUGAAAGUUGCACGUACAGUAGAUAGCUUUUGCAUUAUUCCACUAUGUAUAAAUGCGUCACUCUUUAAGAGUGUGAUAAUGUUUGGUGAAUUGUUGUAUGUGUGCUUUGUUUAUUUAAUACUUUUGCUCGGAAAAGCUU